AUGACCCAGCCCAAUCUACUUGAACUCCCUCCGGGGGUUCAGCUUAUCUACCUUGCCGAGGGAGGAGCAAACGUGAUUUAUCGAUUUGUCAGAACUCCAGUAUUCACCAAAAAAGACCCAAAGAGGUCAUCUCCAUCUGCACACGACCCGGAUCAUUGCCUACCAACCCAACUCACGGGAAAAUUGCUCCGACUUCGGAAAGAAACCGCAGCCGACAUUUCCUACAUAAAGAUUGUCCGGAACUUCGACACCAUCAUCCGACCGUUGUUCAACCCGGAAGAACUAGUCGACCAAAUCCUCAUCAAACUGCCAGACGGUCUCGUCUCCAGCUGUAACGAGCAACUCCAGACCGCCGAAUCAAAUGGCGCGCGGCCAAAGAAGCGUCAUGGCAGCUAUCUCUGUCUACAUGAGCCAUUCGGCCUCCUUAUCACCGACAUGACAACAGCCGGAGACCUCGGCACGAGUCUAGCCGAGCUUAAACCCAAAUGGCUCAACCAGUCGCCGUCAGCGCCCGCGACAGCGCAUAGAUGUCGGACCUGUGCGUUAAGGGAGAUGAAAAACCGUGAGUCGCAACUCCAAGGCCUGAAAGAGCGGCGGUCGUUCUGUCCGCUGGACCUGGUGUCGGAGCAGUAUGAGAAUGUGAUGCGGGCGACAGGGUUGAUCAAAGGGUGCAAGGAUCGAUCGCGACUGGCCCGUAUUUUGUAUCGGAAUCCGACGCUGCAGAGACUGCAGUCCUUGCAGAAGACGGAGAGGGAUGUCGGGCUGCAGGGUCCGGCGGCGCAAUCUCAGGAGAUCUCACUUGCGAUGACGCUGCGGGACUGUACCAUGUAUAUCAAGAUCCCCCAUGACGAAAAGUCACCUGUUGAAAUCCGCCUUGGCGACCUCGAUCUGAAGACCGGCGCUGGCGGCAAAGCUGGCUAUUGGCGGGACUUGGAAACACGGCUGAUUGACCAGGGCUGGUAUCGGGGAAGCAAUAUCAGUCAAUAUGCGGGCGAGUGCGCUUUGCACAGCCCGUGA